CUUUCUGACCUACCCAUUGAGAUCCGCGCUCUUAUUUGGGAGGCCACUCUUCCACCACCGCGGAUCUUCCACAUCAAGGGCACAGUAGAACUCGGCCAGGAGAAGGCCCUUACUUUCCACAAGCUACAUCCUCCACCACUCGCGCUCCGCAUAUGCUCCGAAUCACGGAGCGUGGCGCUUCACAAGGGAGGCUUCUUUCUCGCUCACGCUGGCGGCGCAGGGCCGUGGUUUAGUCCAAAGCGUGACAUUCUGUACUUCGACCGCAAUCAGCGCCACAUGCUACGAUCCAGAGGCGGAAAGAGUCAGAUUAGAGGAUGGGAUAGCGUCUUGCACGUCGGGAUCGAAUGGCGUGCCUGGUUUCGAGAUGUGCCCCGACAGACUGCACCCGGUGAUGAUGAUAUCCGUUCCCACUGGCGGAGUGUCGUGCGAAGUCUUUACCUGCAUAUGCCCGCACUAGAAAACAUCCAUUAUGUCCUUCCUCGCGUGCGCCACAAAGGAGGCGUUACAUGGGGACGGGAGCCGUACGGCGUGAACAAGUAUCCGGCCGAGUUGGUGCAUUUGCCAGAGACGACGGAGAUACCGUGG